AUGAAACUGACACUUUUUGUUUUGGCAAUUUGCAUUGCUGUUGCGAUGGGAAAUACUACUAGUGCCCCACGCAAAUUUAACAGAGCAUGUAAAUGUACGAAAGAAAUGGAUCAAGUUUGUGGUGACGAUGGCGUUACCUAUGACAACGACUGUCUACGAAGGUGCAAUGAAGUUGGUCUGCUGCACACUGGAGAGUGUGAGGAUGACUUGUGUAUCUGUGGCAGACGGUACUAUCCAGUGUGUGGUGAUGACGGACUUACAUACCCUAACGACUGCGAGAUGAACUGCAAAGGAGUGAAUUUUGACCACGACGGAAGCUGCGAUAAGUAA